CCCGGAUUCCAGUUGCUGUAAACCCUAAACUCUUCAAUCUUAUGUCAAUUCCUUCUCUUCUCCUCUUGUUGAACAUAUGCCUCUGACCUGACAGUAUUACUCUAGAGUAAAAAUCCAUAGCCCAUUAGAACUAUGCCAUUACUUUUGCAAGCCAAAGUGUUCAGCUCAGCAUAAAGGAAAAAAGCUAAGCGGAAAAAUAAAGGGAAAAGGAGCCACCAGCUGCUGAAGGAAAGCCAAAGUGUCCUGCAUUCCUUGAGAACACAGCGGCCAGCUGCAGAUUACUAGCAGUACAAAACUUAAAUAAUGGAUUCGUUGAAGGCCAAAAAGGUGACAUCUGAUUUUCGACUCAAAAAGUGCGCAAAGAAAGAGCAGCCACCUGACCGAAUAAGUCAUCUUCCAAAUGAAAUUCUUGUCCAUACCCUUUCGUUUUUGACACUUGAAGAUGCUAUCGAGACGAGUGUUUUGUCAAAACGUUGGAGAGAUCUUUGGUUGAAUGUUGCUAGACUAGAUUUUGACUCUCAAAAAUUUUGGAAAGGGAUGGCUGAUACGGUUCAGCCGAAUUCUGCAACAGUACUUGAGAGCAAUCGUCACGAGAAUGUUGAAUGGGUUAAUAAGGUGGUCCAAUCGCACAAGUCUGUUGUUUGGGAUGUAUUCAGAAUUCGCUUUUUUUUUUCCUGAACGAAACUUCCAGAAACCAUAUCUAUAAAUGGCUUCUGUUAUGCCUUUGCUAGAAGAGUUUGCAUGCUAGUUUUGGAUUUGUGUCAAUAUACAUUUAAAGGAAUGGAUAUCAGAAAUUAUGCUUUUCCGCAGGACCUGCUUGGGCUCAGUGAUACGAAUUCUUCUGCAUCAUCCCUUUCUAAUACCUAUGGCUUCAUUUCUGAUGCAAUAUCUUUUGGCUUUUAAGUCCCUUAGGACCUUGGCAUUUACUUGUGUAAAUGUGUCCCGGGA